CUGCCCCAGGAUGUUGGCCCUCAUAAACAGGAUCCUCGAGUGGUUCAAGAGCAUCUUCUGGAAAGAGGAGAUGGAGCUCACGCUGGUGGGACUGCAGUUCUCCGGGAAGACGACGUUCGUCAAUGUUAUUGCAUCCGGCCAAUUCGCUGAGGACAUGAUACCCACAGUUGGAUUCAACAUGCGCAAGAUCACCAGAGGCAACGUGACUAUCAAGGUGUGGGACAUCGGAGGCCAGCCUCGAUUCCGAUCCAUGUGGGAGCGCUAUUGUCGCGGCGUUAAUGCGAUUGUCUACAUGGUGGAUGCAGCCGAUCUGGACAAAUUGGAGGCUUCGAGGAACGAGCUGCACUCACUAUUGGACAAACCGCAGCUCGCAGGCAUUCCAGUGCUCGUGCUGGGCAACAAACGAGAUCUUCCAGGAGCGCUCGAUGAAACCGGACUCAUCGAACGCAUGAAUCUUUCGAGCAUACAGGACCGUGAAAUCUGCUGUUAUAGUAUUUCCUGCAAGGAGAAGGACAACAUUGACAUAACGCUGCAGUGGUUAAUUCAACAUUCGAAAAGCCAAAGUCGUUAGAUAACGAACAUCCACAUACACACAACGCCCUACCCUCUACACUUACACACUUAGGCACUAUAUCUCACACAGAACAACUAUCUAUACAUAUAUACACUAAUAAUAAUUUGCAGAGUGAUGAACAAUGAGCAAAGCCAGCAGUAAGCCAACUAUUUGGGGUACAAGAUUGAAAAACAAAAUAACUAAAACACAGCGAGUAAUAACAAUGCCUUGAAAAAUCUGUUUGUACGUAUGGUAAUAAUGUCUGCAUGUAUGUUGUAUGUGAUUUCGCAGUGCAGGGUUCGGGUGCUCGACUUUCUCGAAUUUGUAGACUCACAAAGGGAAGAUGCCUAAACAAGUUUUGUGUACUUUGUAAGUUUUGUUAGUAAAUCUAUGCCGAAGCACACUCAAGAGUAUACAACCAGUUAGUAUUUCAUUCUAACUUGAUCGACCCUAUAUAAAUAUAUAAAAAUGUAUGUCGCCUCUACAAAUUUCGUUGGUCGUCUCCACGUUAGUUAGGCUUAUGUUUAGUGUUUAUUGGUGUGAUUACAUAUACAUAUUAUUUUUAUUGUUUUUGUAUUCAAUAUAUAUUUUACAUUUCGCUUAUAUGCUUCGAUGCGGAUUAUUUUUAACUGGAAUUUUUGCUUAGCGAAAACUGGAAUGCGAAAGCAGCGGAAAAGCAUAAAUUAUAAAGACGUUUUAAACUAUAAAUAUAUAUUUAAACAAUAUGAAUGUAAAUUCAAUUAAGCAAGUGCAAGCCAUAGUUAAAGAAAUUCCAUGAUUGAUUGUAAAAUACGCAAAAAAAAAUUGUUGAGAUUUGCUAGCUGCAGCCCAAAAAACCAAAUUGAGAUCCUGAAGCCUUGUCACGCAUUUCCUAUACUCAUUAAUAUUCACCUAGUUAAUUAUGAUAAUUUAUACAAAACAGCAAUGCAAAUUAUAAACUACAAUAAUCAAAUUUGAAAACUGAAAACUGAAUACGAGCAAGGCAUACAAACAACAGCGAGAAAACGAAACAUAAAUGAAAA